AUGGCAUUUGGAGAAAAGAGGGUAGUGUGGACCGAUGGAUGCUUUGACGUGUUUCAUUACGGGCAUGCAAAUGCACUGUGUCAGUCGAAGAAGCUUGGGGGGUACCUGAUAGCAGGCGUGCAUUCGUCAGAGAGUAUUUGCAGGGAUAAAGGGCUUCCUGUAAUGAAGAAUGAAGAACGAUAUGAGAUGGUUGAGGGAUGCAGAUAUGUUGACGAGGUUGCAAAGGAUGUGCCGUUUGUUACACAGCUGAGCAUGAUGAGGAAGUACGGAGUUGACAUAGUUUGUCAUGGGAACGAUAUAGUGUUUGACUCUAAUAACCAGGACUCUUAUCACCAGGUCAGGGACAUAGGAAUGUUUAGGGAGGUGGAGAGGACAGUUGGGAUAUCCACCACAGAGUUGGUUGGAAGAAUGUUACUAAACAUAGGAGGAGAACAGCUUACGCUGAACAAGAACGGGCUGGAGCACACUGACUACCACGAUGAGCUGUUGAAAGUGUUUGAGGCAGAUAUGAAGAGGGAAAGGAAAGGUAAAGUUAUUUUUAUUGAUGGGAACUUUGAUUUGUUUCAUGCAGGACACGUAGUGUCGUUGAGAAUAGCAAGGAUGAUGGGCGACUACUUGGUGGUGGGGCUUCAUGAUAACGAGACCACAAAAGAGUAUACGAAGAGUAAUCCUGUUAUGAGCCUGAAGGAGAGGAUGCUUACGCUGAUGUCUUGCAAGUAUGUUGAUGAGAUUGUUGUUUCGCCGUAUUGCAUUAACCAGGAGUUUGUCUCUAUGAAUGGGAUUGAUGUGGUUGCGCCUUCGUUUGACUCCAAGGAUCUUUCAAGAUAUGAUGCAAUUAGGGAGAUUGUGGAGCAUAGCUAUGCGGAGAACAAGUUCAAUUACCUGUCUGCAGAGCAUAUAGUCAAUAGGAUAAUACUGAACUAUCAGAAUUAUGUGGAUAGGCAGAAGAAAAGGCUUGCGAGGGAUGUCUGA